CCAGAGAGGGAUGGAGACUCCCUUGGAUGUGCUGUCCAGAGCAGCAUCCCUGGUCCACGCUGAUGAUGAGAAACGUGAAGCGGCGCUGAGAGGGGAGCCCCGGAUGCAGCCCCUGCAAUCCCCCGCGCUCAGCAACCACCGCACGGGCCCGCCGCCCAUCAGCCCCAGCAAGAGGAAGCUCAGCAUGGACCAAGGGGACGAGGAGCUGGACUGUGAAAACGACCACGUCUCCAAAAUGAGCCGCAUGUUCAACCCGCAUCUGUAAGUGCCUCGUGUCUGUCCCUGCACGGAGCUGAGCGCUGCCUGCUAAAAUCGUGUCCUGGCUCCAACUUUGCGCUCGGUUUUCCCCCUUUGUUCCAGUUUGUGUGGGAGAUCUGCACAAGAGCCGCCCGCGAUUAGAUGGGUUUUCAUGUUUUCUUUUGUUUUUGUACAGCGUGAAGUAACAGGAAUUAGCUCAGCCUGACUAUUUAUAGCAAGCCAUACGUAUUCACCUUGCGAUUCCUGCAGCAUUGUUCCCUCGUUCUUUGUAAGGCGCUCCUUUCACUUCCCCCCAUUCUCAGGCUCUCUGGCUGGGGGUGGGGAGGCAGCAGCAGCAGCAGGAGGAACACGAGUGCUUUGCAUUUUUCCGAGGCCAGCAGCUCCCAGCCAGCUGCUUCCUGGGCUGCCUUGACAACUGGGCAAGCUGCAGUUGUUGCUAAACAUUCCUGCUCUGACAGUCAGGUGUGGAAUGUGCCGGCCAGGUAAGGCGUUGAUGAGCCGUGUUGGGCAAUCAGCAGAUGCCAUUGCUGGGAAUGCGAGCCUGGCUGGCACUGCUGCAGAAUUCCUGGCAUUCCUGCCUGGAGGAAGCCAUGGAUGGAGCUGCUGUGGCUGCUGCCUCAGCUCCUGCAGCCCCGGCAUUCCGCGCAUUCCACAGUCAUGGGAUGUGGACUGAGGGAUUUAUCCUGCCAUAAAUCACCGCAGCCUUACUCACAGGCUGGGCCCGCAGUCUGCAGCCUUGGAAUUUGUUACAAAUCGGGAAUCCAGCGCUGAAGUAAUGCAAAACAAUGAAAGCUCGCUUCUUCUCAUUUACAGCAUACCUCCUCCUCUCCCCGAAAAAUUAACUAUUUAUAGCCUUGCUCUGGGGCCAGGAGGGCUUGGAAAGAACCCUGUGCUGCAUUUCUGGAUGCAUGACACAACUGAGGGGCUUUAUGGCAUUUUUGAAAUGUUAUGUAACUUUAUGGGGGAAAAGUGUGAUUUUUUUUUUAAAGGCUCAUUUUCUACUGCUGAAAUAAAACACAGCUGGCAGUUACGUACAUUAUAACACUUUAUAUAGCAGAGGCCAUAAAAAUAAUGAAGUCUGAACCAACAGACUCAUGUGCAACCAAGGCUCAGAACUAAAAGAUGCAGGCAGUUCUUUCAUGUGAUCCCUUAGCUAUAUGUCACAGCUAAUAGUUUCCAGUGUGGUACAUUUUUAUGGUUUUUUCAAUAGAUUCUUUCUGUGAUUUUGUAUAUGAGACAUUCAUCUUUUCUUCUUGUAGUAAAAAACACAGGUUUUCUGCCCAGGGUUCAUGUGACUUAAUCUGU